GAAACCUUGAAGCCAAUUCCUCAGUAAAUGAUUUGAGAGCUGGAGUUCUUCCUGCUUAAUAGAAGGAACUUGUUUCAAAAUAUCACUUAAGAUAUUUCUUUCUCCUGACUCUUUAGAAACAAGAACCCAAGAGCAAAACUGAAAAUGUUGUUUAGUAACAGAAGAACGGUAGGAAGUCCACAAGAAAAUUGCAUCACUCGGGUAUUCCAAAUUGGCUUUCAAAAUGAGAAGCUGCCUCAUCCGCCUGCUAAGGAGUACUGCAUCUCUAGAGGAACUGUGUUACUAGAGAACUCCUUUGCUGGAACCUCUACGGCAUCUGAUUUGCUCUGUAACUUCUCUUCUGGAACUGGGGCAUAUCACGGCAACAAAUCCGGUCAUCAAUUCCAGCAAUCCUCGCUCGUGAAUCACGGCAACACAAUCCCCGCUCGUGAAUGACAGCAACAAGACUCAAUCUUGGCAACUAUAUAUUCUGUAUUAUAGCAGCAUAUCAGUUACAAAUUAUAGCAGCAUAUCAGUUACUGUUUUAAAUCAUAUAUACUCCAUUAUUGUAUAUAUCUUUAGUUUCCUUAUGUAACUACAAACACUUGUAUAUAUUUGGUUCAGCUUUAUGAAUACAAUCAUCGGUUUCCAGUUACAAAGCUUUCUCCAAUAGGGCAGACAAGAAAUCAUUCAAUAUUUU